ACUCGCUAUUAUACUCAACAUUUGGUAUUUUAAACCAACAAUUUCGAAUUUGAGGAAAUACGAAUGCAGGAAAGAUUAAAAAUAAAGGAAAUAUGGAAAAAUAUAUAAAAUUCGUUACAUAUUGGACCACAAGAAGACAAACACGUUGCUUUGAAAUCGCGAAAUAGACGUGCACCUUAUGAGCGCGCUGCGCGUUCUCGUCUGCGUGAACGAGCCUGCAUCGCUUGCAACAAUCCCCCUAAAUUCCCUCCCAGUUGGUCUCAACAUCAGCAAGGAUAGGAGCACAAUACCACAAGAUGUCAGGGAUGAACCAGGUUGUCGCGACCUGCUGGACCUGCCUUCUGCUCUCUGCCUUCCUGUGUGACCCUGCGUUGUGUAAGGGAGGUCGUGGGGGGUCCCGGGGCUCCUCUCGUGGAUCUCCCUCCCGCAGCUCCACAGCUGGAACCUACCGAGGAGGAGGUGCCUACGGGGGGACUCGCUCCCGGUUCAGGGCAGCAGGGCGGACCUCCCCGGUGAGGGUGGCGAGUGCUGCAGCGGCCGGGGCAGCGGUGGCUUUAACGGCAGAGAAAUGGUACGCGUCCGCCUACCGACGCAGCAACGCCGACAGCUCCGAUGAGGAGCUGGAUUACUUCAACAGGACCAAUUACUUUGAUGCACUGUUCUCCAGCUCGAGCCAACACGGGUCUGCUCUGUUUCGUGUGGUUUCGAUCAUCAUUGCAACGUUUUCUACAACACAUGGCCUCGUACUGGACUUUAUACUAUAAUGUUGCAUUUUAGGAUUAUUUCAGCCUAAAGGAAGGAAUCUGAGAAAUGACAAGUCAGUGGAACAACAAGAGACAGAACAUCACUGUACUGUAUGUAUAAAUGUGCAUUACUAAUAUUCACUCACGUUUCACUAAAUGAAGGGUGCACUUUUAUCUACAGACUUUGUCCUAUCCAACAUAUCAAAAAUAAAUAGCUACACAUUAAAGGUGUGGAACACUGAAAAACCAUUUUUAAUGAUUAUAAUCAGUCACUGAGUUUUCAUGCAGGCUGAAUAUGAAAACAGUCUCCUACAAUAGCUUGAUAGAAAAUAGAGAGUGAAACUCUGGGAUUACAAAAUCCUCACAGAUCUACAUCACACUGUCACCCAACAUAUAUGGACCCACCAAUCUUGACUCACAAGGAGGUUUAAGCUUGACGCAUGUACAUUUCACGUGGAAAUAGGGUUGUCACGGUAACCGGUGUAGCGAUAAACCCCGGUAAAAAAGUUGACAAUAAUAAUAACCGUCUUGUUUUUUACAACGUAUAUUAUCUCGGUGGGUUUACCGUGGCUGCGGUGUAGGCGCGGUGACCCUUUCCAGCCACCUUAACAUCUACUGAAGUUGCCGGCAGCACAUGCGCACUUUGUUGUUUACAGCCAAAACUUUCUUGAAGCUAAAGCUGAAAUAAUGGCCAAAGGAAGAGACGGCAGGACGCGUCAAGCGUAAACCAACCUUUGGCAUCCAGGAAAGAGCAGAGAACAUCUCUGCUGGUAGAAGCUUACGGUUAGCAUUAGCAACUCCUACAGGCUUGUGUAAUUUGUGGAGAUAAAACAUCACAGUUGCAGAGGAAACUGAGCCAGUGGUAGAGUUGCUUUGCUGUUAGCCAAUCAGAGGAGAGAUGUCCAAACAUCAGGAAAGAAGACUCCAAAUCCUGCCCUACUGUGCCACUUUCUGCUGCAGCAGACUUGUCAGUGUUGAUCCAGGUGCUUCUGGGCUUUCUUUGCCCCGAGUAAGGCCCGCAAGGCAUUCAUUCCUACCAGAGACCACUGCACAUGUAUUGAUUCAACAAUUUAAAAAAGCUCUAGAGCCUGUUUAGUUUCACUUCACUUCUACUGCCAAACUCACCUCUUAUUUUAUUUUAGAAGCUAAGUGAGCUCUGAUGAAACUCUGCACCAAUCUUAGCAGAUUUUCAUUGUAACUAAGCCUCAUCCUAAUGAGUGAAACCAUGUUGGAACCAUUAAAGCUGCUGUUUUGUGUUUUUUAGCUUUCAGAGAAGGAUGUGAGUCUACAACCUCAGUCAGUUUUAUUUUUGCUAUUUUUCAGCUAAAUGUUUUUUUUCCACCUGAGUUUUUUAAAUCACAUUCUUAAAAUCUUUUUCUCAGUUACUUUUGGUUUUAAAGACUAUCAGUAAUUCUCACAAUCAUCUAUUUCUUACCUUUUUCCAGCACAUGGGAAUUCUAACCUGCGUUUUUUCUGAUGUGUUCAUCAUUUCCCAGGACCCCUCUCAGGAGCAACAGACUGUUCCACAGCUAUAAACGCACUUGAUUAUAAUCUGCAACACUUUGUAGUUUGUAAUCAUUGUCUUCAUGCUAAUAAACACCCUGUUUACACUA